AUGGAAGCCCACUUUGACAAGGUCUUUAGCCACGUGGACGAUGCCAAGCCGCGUCGUGCUCGGCCAGCAGCCGACGACCGCCCGGCCAAGAAGCAGGCUCGUGCGCCAGCGCCGGCGGCGGCGGCGGCGGCGGCGCUGCCCGACGUCGAUGCGCCAGACAGCGCCGAGUUUGUCCUCAACGCGCGCACGGUCAAGCAAAUGGUGCAGUCGCUCGAGAAGAAGCUGCAGAAGAACGAGCUCAUGCGCGCCAAGCACCAAGACGACCCGACCAAGUUCAUGGACUCGGAGCUCGCCUUGCACGAAGACAUUGGCCGCCUCAAGAACGUGGCGACGGACCCAGAGCUCUUUGCCGUGCUCAUCGAGCACAACGCGAUCCCGAUGUUUGUGCAGCUGUUGUCCCAUGCCAACAUGGACAUCCGCAUGGACGUGGUGGCCGUCCUCGCCGACAUGACGGACGUUGAGCGCGUCGGCGAGGUCGAGUCGCUCAUCGAAGCCAUCAUGGGCCACAAGGGCCUCGAGCUGCUCUGCCACAACCUCGACGAGCUCCUUCUCGACGCGCAUGCCAACAGCGACGACGAGAAGCGUGCAGCCAUCUACAACAUUCUGCAGAUCAUGGAAAACUUGUCCGAGCUCGUGCCGGAAAGCUGCGGCAUCUUGAGCACGUCGACGAACGUGCUUGACGUGCUCUUGCGGGCGUGCGCGUCGCCAGAAAUGACCGAGAACCGACUGUACUGCUCCGAGAUUCUCUCGAUCCUCGUGCAGGCGUCCGACGACGCCGCCGAAGUCCUCGGGCGCCGCGCGCUGGACGACGACCGUCUCGACCAACUGCUCCAAUGCCUCGCCUCGUACCGCAAGACGGACCCGAGCUCGGACGAAGAGGAAGAGCUUGUGCACAACCUCUUUAACGUGCUCUGCAGUGCGCUGCGUCUUUCGUCGGUGCAGGACCGGUUCCGGUCGCUCCAAGGCUUUGAGCUCAUGCUGCGCUUUCUCAAAGCAAACCUCUUCUGCAAGGGCCCGGCAUUGCGCGUCUUGGACCACGCGACGAUGAACCACGCGCGCAACUGCGAACGGCUCAUCGAACUCGGCGGGCUCAAGCAGCUCUGCCCGCUCUUCAUGGGCAAGCUCCGUCGUAAGAAGGACACGCAUGCGACCAACGACGAGCACGUGCUCUCGCUCUUUGCAUCGCUGAGUCUCUGGCUGCCGAUUGACUCGAAAUACGAGGUCCGCGACCGGUUCCAGGCCAAGUUUCUCGAAACCAACUUUGAGAAAACCGACCGGCUUGUGGAUUUUGUCUUGCAGUACCACCGCGCGAUGCACCGCCAGUUUGAAGAGCCGGUCCGGCGAGACGACAUGGACGACGAGGCGUACGAGACGGUCAUGGAAGCGUACCGGCUGCACCAGCUCGACAAUGGGCUCUUUACGCUCCAGCAAGCGUGCUUUGUGACGAGCCACCUCUGCCAAGUGUUUGCCAAGUCGCUGCUUCCGUACGUCAAGCAAAAGCUCCAUGUGCAUGGUCUCUCGCUGGCGACAAUUGCGAAAGUGCUGGCAGCGCAGGCCGAGAUGAUCGACGACGCCCACCACGCGGCGCAGCAAGACCGGCUCCACGCGCUCGUGUCGUUCUUGAUCCAAGUGCUCGAGCAGGAUGCACCGGCCGACGACGAAAACGAACUCGAGGAAGAGACCAAGACCAGUGCCUAA